AUGCCGCCCAAAUCGAGGCCUAGCCCGCCUCCUAAACCGAAAUCUCUCUCCUCGCAACCGUCAACGUCAAUAUCCCAGACGCGUAUUCCCCCAGAGACCGGCAAACGUGGGCUAUGCUGGCCGUGGGAUCAGCCCGGGUCACACUUCAAGCUAUUCGAGCAGUACGUAUCCAUGCCAGGCAAGAUCAGAUGGCUCUUCAACUGGGAGUUAUGGGUUCCAGAUUCUCUGCAGCCGGACAUGGAAUGGAUCCCUUGUGUCAGGACGGCCGCGCAGGCCAAAGAUAUCGACCCGUUUUUGACUGAUAUCCUCCGAACUCGCAAGGCCAGCGCACUGCUGGGGUUCAAUGAACCUGAAAUUCCCGAACAAGCCAACCUCAACGUCGAAGCCGCCGUCGCACUAUGGAAAGAUGUCGUCCUCCCUGCAAAAGCCAAGUUCGGCCUUCGGUUGGGCAGUCCUGGUAUGAGCAGCGACGUGGGGCGGAGCAAGCCUUGGUUGACCUCGUUUCUGGCGCAGCUGGGCGGCAAUGAUGGGAUCGAUUUCCUCGUCUUGCACUGGUAUGGGCCGCGGUUCACAGACAUGCGUGCAUUUCUCGAAGACAUGCACCAGACGUACCGUCUUCCGGUCUGGCUGAACGAGUUUGCGUGCUCGAAGAUGGGCAAUGGCGAGACCGACGUCGAUGAGGUGAGCGCCUUCCUGCGAGAGGCUUUGCCAUGGCUGGAUGCCUGUCCGUGGAUAGAAAGGUAUGCGUACUUUGGGCACAAGGAUGUCGGCUCGUGGGUGGGACGAGCCAGCAAUUUCUCAGAACCAGUAGAGGGAGAUGGGACAAGUGAGGCGAGGAAAUUGACUCGAGUGGCACAGUUGUAUUGCGAAUAUUGA